GAUUGAUUUAUUUAAAGACUCCAAUUGCAGUUCUUCUCUCGGUCUCAUACAUAGCACAGAAAUAUACAAUGAAGAGAGAAGACGUCGUCUACUUUGGCGCAGGCCCCGCGGGGCUGCCAACAGAUGUGCUCACCACCGCAGCAUCUGCGUUGCUCAACUAUCAAGAGACUGGUCUUGGAGUGGCCGAGCACAGUCAUCGCAGUACAUUGGCAGCCGAUAUCGUGAAUACCAUGAAGGCCGACCUCGCCGAAUUCCUCGAGAUACCCCCUUCACACGACGUGCUAAUUAUGCAAGGUGGAGGAUCGGGACAAUUCGAUGCGACAGUCUACAACUCGGUGCUCGUCUGGGUGGAAACCCAACGACAAAAGAUCGUUCGAGCGAACCCCAGCAUAAAUGAAGAGGACUUGAUUAAACAAUUGCAACAAAAAGUGCAGUCGGACUUGCGACUCGACUAUCUUGUGACCGGGUCAUGGUCCUUGAAGGCUAAUCAGGAAGCCGUCCGGUUACUGGGACCAACACAUGUCAAUGUCGCAACAGACUCCAGAAAACUCAAUGAUGGCAAAUUCGGAAAAAUCGCAGACGAAUCCACCUGGCAGCUAAGUGAUAAACCCGCCAUGAUUUAUCUAUGCGAGAACGAAACUGUGGACGGUGUUGAAUGGCCCAGUUUCCCCAAGACUCUUGAAUCAAGAGCAUCCGACGACCAAACUCUUGUUGUGGGAGACUUCUCGUCAACAAUCCUUUCGCGACGCAUUCCAUUUGACCAGUUCUCUAUUGUCUACUUUGGCGCACAGAAGAAUCUUGGUUUACCCGGCAUCACAGUUGUGGUGAUUAAGAAGAGCCUUCUUUCAAUUCUGAGCCAGGGUAAACCCGACCUGGCGAGAAAGAUUGGCCUACCGGUUCCUCCCACCAUUCUGGACUACGCGGUUGCAGCCAAGAAUAACAGUCUUUAUAAUACUCUGAGCAUAUUCGAUGUCUUUGUGGCUGGCCAAGUGCUGAAAAAAUUACUUGCCACAUUCCCCGAUAAAGUUCGCGGCCAGGAGGCUCUCUCCGGAAAGAAAGCUGCCCUCCUAUAUGGCGUUCUUGACUCGUACCCAGAGGUUUACAAAGUUGUUCCCGACGAAAGCGUGCGAUCACGGAUGAAUUUAUGUUUCCGCGUUACCAAGGGAGGAAACGUUGAUGAAGCCGAAAGGGCAUUCAUCCGAGGCGCAACAGAAAGGGGACUACUCGGAUUGAAGGGUCACAGAAGCGUCGGCGGCAUUCGCGUGUCAAAUUACAACGUUGUCGAUGAAGCCGGAGCUCAGAAACUAGCCACAUAUUUGAAAGACUUUGCGACAAGCCCCUAGUUACUUGUUCAUGUCGUAUUAAGAAGCUCAAAAGUUAUGAUGUAUGGUAUAGUCAAAAUUAGAACUUAUAUAAUUGUGAAUAACCUAUCUUCUCACAUUGUCACACCGUCAUUUUCAAACUACCUGGGUACGAAUCCUUACUGACCCAUGGCUGAACAUAGCAAAAUUCUACUCAGAAAACGCACUGAACUUCCCCAUCGUCCUCUCCGCCUCAACAAACUCCCUCUCCAAAACAGUCGCAUGCUUCUCACUCCUCACUUUGAUAAUACACUCAAAAGGUUUUGGUCGGACAUUGAACCCUUCCGUAUACGCGAACGUAUCAUACUUUCUCGCUGACCCAUCCUUCU